AUGAUGGGAAUGCGCUACACCAUUUGUGUUGUGGUAUUAGCACUCUGCUUUGCCUGCGGUAUUGUGUGUGCUGAUGCUCCUCCUGGCGAAGGUGAAGGUCAUCAAGAUGAUCCCGACGCUGCUGAGGAGAAUGAACUGGAAGCUCGUGUUCCUCCUCAUGCGCUUCCACCUAACCCAAACCCUGGAGCUGGCAGUGACCCAAACCAGGUUAAUAAUUCCGUAAACGGGCUGAGUAGAAAUGGUAGUGAAGGUGUGGAUUUGGCAAACACGGGUGCAACUAGUCAUCUACGGAAUGGAAAUACACAGGGGCACACAAAGAACCCUGAGAAGCCUCCAGCACCGACAUCUGAAGGAGAACCCGAAGGAAUUCCUAAACCUCCAAAGACCCCAAGUCCUCAGUUGCCGGAACCAUCCUCUGCAGUGACACAAGAAAGCAAGGAGAACAAGCAGAAUACAGACAAUCAGAGUGUAUCAAGUGGAAGUACAACUACGAAUGAUGGUGCACCAACGCCAUCUUCUUCACCAACAUCUACUGAAACCCAAGCUACACCUUCACAACAUGAAACUGAAGGGAAUAAUGAAUCUGGUUAUACAAACGCUGAGAGCGGCACUGCACCUGAAGGGAGUGGGUCAACAAAUAACACAACUAAUGAAGAAUCAACCUUAACGACAACGACGACGACGACUACCACAACAACAACAACAACCCUUCCUCCUGAACUCACAAACAACAAGAAGGGUGAUGCAGACAGCAGCAGCAGUAUCAGCAGUUCUGUGUGGGUGCGUGUACCACUACUGAUUGUGGUUACAUUGGCCUGUAUUCUUGUGUGCUGA